GAAUCGCUCCUUCAUCCGCGAAAUCCCCGCAACGAAAUGGAAUCUUGCGAAAUCUGCGGCCAGUCCCGCUCGCUGGAGGAUGGCACCAUCGGUGUACCCUGCAGUGGCACCUGCGGCCGAACCGUCCACGCGCACUGCGCCGCAGUUACGGGCGUCAGGCUGGCCAACGCGGAUUGUGGUAUCUUUUGGUUCUGUGACGCGUGUCGGCGGGGACUCCAUUCGUUGGUUCCCGGGCCCAACACCGCUGCUGACCUUCCCGAGUUGCCUGGCGAGGUGUGGACUGAAAUGUUCCGGGACAUGUCGGCGGAUCAGCUGCUGCGGAUGCGGCUGGUUUGUCGCCGCUGGAGGGACAUCGUGACCGGGUCGCCGGCGUUGAUGGCCAAACUUACGGUUUCGUUCCGGGGUCGGAAGUUCAAACCGGAUUACUUGCUGCCGGUAUCGAAGGCCUCGCUCAGGUCAUUCGAGGGGAUCGAUGGGCGUUGGUGGGAGUCGUUUGGCCAGGGGCUCGUCGAGAUUGAGAUCAAAAGUCGCCAGUACGAAGAUAGUCCACGGAUUAAACUGGCGGGUGUUUUGAAAAUGUUGAAACAUACGCCAAAUCUAAGGCGAUUGGAACUGGGCGGUUGCUAUUUGAUUGAUAAACACUCCGUCAGCGCCGAUUACUGCCUUGAGAAGGUGGAAAAGUUGGUUCUGGACAACAUUCAGAACCACGCGGGCCGUUUGAAAAUCUUUCGAAAAAUCUGUCCCAACGUAAAGUCGUUGGUAAUCACGUGGUUCGAGGAAGAUGCUGUGGUCGAUCCGGUUGAGGUGGCGAAAUUUGUGAAAGGAUAUCGAAGCGGCUUGGAGGAGCUGGAAGUCAACUGUUUGGACCAGUGCCUGACUGAACUGCUGAAACUUGACUGUUUGAACCUGAAGAAACUGUCGUUGACAUACAACACACCUGAGGAAAAAGAAUUCAAAGACGAUCGAAAACUGAUGAAAUUGCUCCGAAUGCAUCCGUCUCUGGAAUACCUCGAUGUUCAAGGAAUGCUCACGUUCAACAACCGAAAUGGAAUGAUGCUGAACGAACUUGGUCAACUGCUUCCGAACUUAAAGUUUCUAUCGAUCUACGCAAGCCACGUGGAUCCAUCCUUCCUGCACCAGAUCGUCAAACUGCAGACUUUUAAAAUGCGAGGAAGAGAGAAAAGCUUAACAUCCAUUCGAUCCUCAACUUUCACCGACGAAAGUCAUCCGAACUUGCGAGAGCUGCAUUUGACCAAUGUUCACCUUAAUGAUGAACACGUACUUGACACGCUGCCAAACCUCCGUAUCUUAAGUCUAAAGAAAUGUAAACUAGAUAACUGGCGUGCCUUCCUAACCGCCUUAAGCGCACUGCCGUUGCUGCAGAAUUUAAAACUGGACAUUUACAAAGUCGCUUGCAAACCCACCCCUCACACGCUCCAUCCCAAAGCUCUCACCAACUUGAGGUACUUCAAAUUCACAUCCCACAACACGGCAACGAAGGACACCGCGGAGCACAUGCUGGUCACGCUCGUAACGAUGGUUCCCAACUUGUGGGAACUCCACCUGAAGUACAUAGAGCUGGGGCCGGAGGUCCUUGGCGCGAUCUUUCUGAACCUGACGCAGCUGAAAAGGUUCGUCACCUCGGGCUGCGACACGGAAAGCGUGCUGAGCUGCCACAUCCGGCAGCAAUGUUGCGCGCUGGAGGAGCUCAACUUGAAGUAGCUGGUUGUGCGGGAUCG